AUGAGGGACGUCAGCAGCCAUGACAGCCGCCAUGACGAAGAAGUCAAUGAAUUCAAGGAGCUCCAAGCGCACCAUCACUUCCAACGUCGUCAUCGUGCCUCUGGCGAGCUAGAGCUUGGAGCGACCGAGAUCAUUGAAGGCCGCUUUGAUAUACAGCGUCAAGUGGUAGCCUCUUCAGGUCUCGCCGACAGCAAGCUCCGUCAUUUGUGGGAACAAAUUCGACCAGAUCUGGUCAGCGCUCUCUUUGCCGAGGCCGUGGGAGUCUGGUUCUACUGUAUUGCUGGCGAGACUGCCACGGCAACUUUUGUUCUGACAACGGCCGCAGGUCAAACUCAAGGAAAUCUCACCAUGAUUGGAUUUGCUUACGCCCUAGGAAUCACCUUUGCCAUUGUGGUCGCUGGUAGCACCUCAGGUGGCCACUUUCACCCCGCGAUCACAAUCGCCCAAGUCAUUUUCAAGGGAUUCCCGCUCCGAAAAGCGCCACUUUACAUCUUUGCUCAGCUCGUUGGGGGCUUCGUUGCGGCCCUUAUGGUGUACGCAAUGUACAAAUUCGAAAUGGACAGCUUCGGUGCGGAACUGAUUGCCGGCGGAAAGCGCGCCCAAAUUUUCACACCACAAGGCCCCGCCGGUAUCAUCGCCAUCUUUAAUACGCCUGGCCGGCCACUGGGUCAAGUUUUUGCGACGGAAUUCUUUGCUGACACUUUCAUUGCCAUGGUCAUCUGGUCUCAGCUCGACUCGCAGAACAUUUUCGUCCAGCCUGCCUCGGCACCUUUUACUAUUGGCCUAUCCUUUGCUGUCGCGGUGUGGGGCUUUUCUACGGGCACCAUCGUGACAAACACGGCAAGAGAUCUUGGUGCAAGGUUUGCCUGUGGUGCUAUCUACAAAACGUCGGAGUGCUUCCCUGCGAGAUAUAGCGCCCUGGCGGCUCUUACUAAUAUACCCGCCACGUUGUUCGGCGUCUCACUCUAUACAUUCCUGCUGAGCGACACGAGAAGGCCGCCCGCAGCCAUUGCCCUCGGGCAUGUUCACGACGACGAAUUACGGCGGUACGAGCGCAACACAAGCAAGCACGACGAGUUGCUCGAUGCGCGUAUCGAGCGCGCUAUCAGCAAAGGUGUCGAUCCACACAAGCUCGUGUCUAAGCGCUCCAAGGUCCCGUCCGUGAGCUCUGCCAAGCCCGUGCGACAACUUUGAGUGUACUUUUUGAGACGACAGCUCAGAGAGAUGGGGAGAAUGAGAGC